GCAGUGCAUUCCAGGUGUGACGAAUGACAAACAGGAAGUUCGUGUUGGAGUGAGGGUAGCGAAGAUUCUAUCAAACAUGUCCAGUGAUGUCAGAUAUUGCGAGAAGUUUUCCUAUGUCGUUCUGAAAUUCACCCUUAUUGCCUAUGCCAUGGUCUGGUGGCUGAUAGGAGCCUUUGUCCUGGCCAUCGGCAUCUAUGCAGAGGUGGAGCGUCAGCGCUACAAAACCCUGGAUGGGGUGUUCCUGGCCCCAGCCAUCAUCCUCAUCCUCCUGGGCGUGGUCAUGUUCCUGGUCUCCUUCAUUGGCAUGCUGGCCGCCCUCAGAGACAACCUGCUGCUGCUCAAGGUGUUCAUGUACACGCUAACCAUUUGUUUGAUGCUGGAGCUGCUGGGUGGAAUUCUGGCACUGGUGUUCCGAAAUCAGACUGUGAACCUGUUAAACAAGAACAUCCGCAAAGGCAUGUUCAAUUACUACGAUGAUCUGGACUUCAAAAACCUAAUGGACUUUGUACAGAGGAAGUUCAAGUGCUGCGGAGGGAUGGAGCACAAGGACUGGGAGGUGAACAUGUAUCAUAACUGCAGCGCUCCAGGCCCCCUGGCGUGCGGUGUUCCCCACACCUGCUGCCUCACCAAGCCUAAUGAAGUGGUGAACACAAUGUGUGGAUACAAGGUCUUGAAUAAAGAGAGACUGGACCUGCAGGAUAUCAUCUAUAUCAGAGGCUGCACUGAUGCUUUCUUCAUCUGGUUACUAGACAACUACAAAAUCAUGGCUGGGCUGCUACUGGGAAUUCUACUGCCUCAGUUCUUCGGCGUGAUCGUCAGUUGGCUCUACAUCACGCGAGUGGAGGACGCCAUCAGCGAGUACGGUAACUAUCAGGAUGGCUUGCUAGAAGACGAACCCCGCACCACCAAGAAGCACGGCAGGGUAGCCACGUGGUACAACUGUAUGCCAAACGUUGACUGAGUCGGUUGGGAACCUGGCUGCUAAAAACAUAUUAUUGAGAGGUGGGUGUCUUAAUAUAUGCCCACAGGGCAAAAGCCACAGAUGUUGGUUGUCUCCAACCCUACCAUACCGCUAAACCACUACUACUGAAAGGUGCCUUAAAAGGUGUUGCACUGAAGAUCUUCUGUUAUCUCAGAGGGGCUUGAAACUGCUGUGCAAGCUCUAGCACUGUGCCUAUGUUUCUACAGUACUAUGUCUACUCUUAUAGUGUGCCUAUUCUAAUACAGUACUAUGUCUACUGUGAUUACUAGUACUGUCUCUUCUCGUAUAAUGAAAGCUUAAUAAGAAACAGUAAUUGGGCAUUGUUCAUGCUGUUUCAAAAUACAGUUGGUAUUUUAUUCUUUUUAAAAACAGUUGCAGUUAUAAAUGUUGCAAAUUGAAAUAGCUCAGUUUAUGUUUUGUUUUUUCAUUUUUCUUUAUUUACUUAAAAAAGAUUGAAUCCUUAAAGACCAACCAAAACCAACCUGUCCCUCCAUCAGACAAUCUACACACGGUGCGAUUGGCUAUCAAUACAUUUUCUGUUGAACUGAAUUGCAUGUGAAGCUCUGUGCUUCUUCAUUGAUAUAAUUACUUAUCUUCUUGUUUUUGUAAAACAUUGACGUCAGUUAUAACUUACAAAGUGUCGUUUUGGAACCUCGACAGUUGAGGAGGGGAAAGGAAUGCAUCACAUUUCAGUCUUAAAUAGUAUUCCAAAUCUGUCCAAAAAUGUAAUCUUCCAUUUUCAGAAUUAAUUAAGAUUUUUUUCAUAUGCCUCCUUCUGCAUGGUGCUCAUCUUCUUUUAACUUUGACUCAAGUGUGUCUUCCUGAUCCAGGGGGUUUGUGUAGUGUUAAGGGAUGUGGUCACGCUGUUGUCAAGAUGUUAUCAAGAGGGUCUUAAGUUAUUUCAGUUCAACAUGAGCCUGGCCAUCCUGCUCAAACUAGCUUUGACUUUGCCAUCUAAACUGAGAGGACCUACUUCACCCAGCAGACAUGAUGUGAUGAAUACCGACUGAAAACUGAUUGGCUUGCUCUCUGCAGCCCUAAGAUUAUCAACUGAUUUGACAGAUAACAUCUUGACUCAUCUAGACAAACAAGGAUUACUGAUUGCGACUUUGUGAAGUGCUGUCUGUCUUUUAAAGACAGUUUCAAGAAAUAUUCUGUUAAAUUAUGACCGAGGCCAUGAGCUUGGAUUGUUUUUCAUGGAAAUGUCCCACAUUCUGUCAUACCUGGAGCAUAGGGGAAUUAUGUGAUUAAAUAAUAAAAUCUGUUUACAACCCUCAGA